AAAUAUAGGACACAAUCAUAGACUAACGACCAUAAUAAUAUGCUGACCAUAACUUCCUGGAAAAAGCUUUCAGUUUCAUUGCUUUUCUGCGCCUUCUUCUCUCAUUCUUUUGCCAGCACUUUCACCAUUACUAACAAUUGUCCUUAUACAAUAUGGCCUGGUACACUGUCUGGUUCUUCAUCACCUAAACUUUCCAUGACUGGCUUUCAUUUGAAUGCUGGCCAAAGCGUCAGAAUUCCAAGUGUCCCGGGAUGGUCAGGUCGAAUUUGGGCAAGAACUGGCUGCACUUUUGAUGCCUCUGGCGUUGGCUCUUGUCAAACAGGUGACUGUGGUGGAAAGCUCGAAUGUGAUGGCCUUGGUGCCACACCACCUGCCUCUCUCUUCGAGAUAACUCUGGGUACAGGAGAGGCCAAAGAUUUCUACGACGUUAGCAUAGUUGAUGGUUACAAUCUGCCAAUGGUUGCAGCCCCAGAGGGAGUCCAUGGAGGAUGCAAUAUCACUGGAUGUGUAUCCAAUCUUAACAUGGGUUGUCCAAAAGAACUUCAAGUGGUGGGUGGAGAUGGAGAAGGAAAUGUAGUAGCAUGCAAGAGUGCAUGUGAGGCCUUUGGUUUAGAUCAGUAUUGCUGUGCCGGUGAGUUUGCCAAUCCAACAACUUGUCGUCCAUCAUUCUAUUCUAGCAUCUUCAAGAGAGCUUGUCCAAGGGCUUAUAGCUAUGCAUAUGAUGAUGGCACCAGCACUUUUACCUGCAAGGCUGACGACUACUCAAUCAUCUUCUGCCCCAUGAACGGGAUAAAGAGACCCAACGGUGGAGAAACAACUCCACCUAUUGAAGAAAGCAAAAUGGAAAAGUUAUCAGGGACAGUUUCUUCAAGCAUUCUCCUUCCAUUCCCGAUGCUGAUUGUGCUGUUAAUUUUCAGCACAUAUCUCCAGACAUAAGUCAGAACAGCACAAAUCAGGACAUGGUAUGUCAUAACAAGAGAACAUUUAAGGAAUGAUAUCUGGAGAAAUAGUUGGGGCAUUCCUGAGGAAACUUAGAGCAAAACCAUACAGACAGCAACCUGUUUAAAAUAGGCAGUAUCUUGUAUUUAAACAUUCUCUUUACUUGUUUUUUAAGUAUCACAUUACACACUAACAAAAUGUAGAAAAUCGGAUGAAUUGCUGUUCUUUGUUAAAUUGAAUCAACACACAUUUAAAAUUCA